GCUCAGUGUGGCAGCCUGAGCUGAGACAGACACGGGGGACCACCAGACGAGGGUCACGCCUCCCCCAGCACCUGUCACCGCACACAGCGAUCUGGCCAAGGAGGAGUGGUGGCCAGGCAGGAAGGCGCCCCACGAGGCAGGGAUGGAGCGGACAACUGUGGGGUGAGGACGAGCUGACCAGGUAGAAAGACGCUCCAGAGCCGUUUGGGUGGAGAACACAGUCCAGCCCCAACCCUCCACCGACCCUCGUUCCGGCACCUUCCGGCUUCACCGAUACCAGCAGCCUUGCUGUUCUGGCCACGCCAGAUGCAAGAGUGGACUGUGUCCCAAGGUCAAGUCGGCUUCUGCUUCUGGUCACACAAAGAAGGAGUGCUGGCCAGCUUUGAGGCAGCCAUUUUCCAUGUUGAACAGGUGCAGGGCAGGGCACCCACCAGAGUCCAAACCCUGAGCAGUGCGACCCUUACCUGGCCCAGCCCUGAAGACAGAAUGAGGGGGGCCUCCUGCCUCCAGCUCUUGCCCCUAUUGCUGCUAGGAGCUGCUGGGACUGCGGACUCUACAGCCUGCGGGCAGCCCCAGGUGUCCAGUCGGAUCGUGGGGGGCCGGGACGCCCGGGACGGACAGUGGCCGUGGCAGGCGAGCAUCCAGCACCGCGGGGCGCACGUGUGCGGGGGCUCGCUCAUCACCCCGCAGUGGGUGCUGACGGCGGCGCACUGCUUCCCGAGGCGGGUGCUGCCGUCGGAGUACCGCGUGCGCCUGGGGGCGCUGCGCCUGGGUCCCGGCUCGCCCCGCGCGCUCUCGGCGCCCGUGCGCAGGGUGCUGCUCCCCCCAGACUACUCGGAGGACGGCGCCCGCGGCGACCUGGCUCUGCUGCAGCUGCGCCGCCCGGUGCCCCUGAGCGCGCGCGUCCAGCCCAUCUGCCUGCCCGAGCCCGGGGCCCGCCCGCCCCCCGGAACGCCGUGCUGGGUCACUGGCUGGGGCAGCCUCCAUCCCGGAGUGCCGCUCCCAGAGUGGCGACCUCUGCAGGGAGUAAGGGUGCCGCUGCUGGAUGCCCGCGCCUGUGACCGCCUCUACCACGUGGGCACCAGCGUGCCCGGAGCGGAGCGCAUAGUGCAGCCCGGGAACCUGUGUGCCGGCUACGUCGAGGGCCACAAAGAUGCCUGUCAGGGUGACUCUGGGGGACCCCUGACCUGUGUGAAGUCAGGGCGAUGGGUCCUUGUGGGCGUGGUGAGCUGGGGCAAGGGCUGUGCCCUACCCAACCGCCCUGGCGUCUAUACCAACGUGGCCACUUACAGCCCCUGGAUUCAGGCUCACCUCACCCUUUAAUGCAGUAACCCUGACCUGGAGCCAGAGGCUGGGGUCCGUCUGAGGAGCCGCACGUCCCCCCCCCACCUUGCCCCUUCUCACUUGAGGCUCCCAGGCCUUAUGAAGCUAAGGGGUCGUCCGUCUGUCCCCUGCCUCCUUGGAGCUCACCAAGCCCUAGCCACCUGCCUUCCUCCAGGAGCCCCCCCGCCCCUGCGUCCCCGGGUCUCAUGCUCCAUCCCUCCCCGACCUGCUCAUGUUUACUCUUCUCAGCUCCAGCCAGGGGCCUGGGUACCCGGAGGCAGGCAAGCCAGCUGGUGCCCCAUCUGGCCCGUGUGUCCUCCUUUUUCUGGAGGAAGUCAGGGAGAGUCACAGUGUGGGAGGCACUGGGGAGAUGAUUCUCCAUUGCUGGCUUUGAACAUGGAGGAGCUGCUGGCAAGGAGCAGCAGGAGAGCGCGCCCCCAGGAGCUGAGGGCGCCCCCCACCCCCGCUGCCUGCCAGCAGGGAGGCACCUCUGUGCCCCACGUGCAAGGAAGGAAUCUGGUCAACAAUCUGAACGAGCUUGGGAC